GAACAAAUGUUGUAAAGUGUGGGGUAAUUGGGUCAUGUCGGCGGGAAAUAUCUUUUAAUCGAAACUGAAUGCUUAAAUUGCAUACAGUUUAUUGAUUUACAAAUGUACUAGACAUAAAAAAUGUACAUAUAUCUGAAAUAAACUGUUUGCGACUGCUACUGUGCAGGUACAGAUCCGAGUAGCAACUCGGAUGCACUCGUAUCCAAGCAACCAUCUACUGUCAUGCCAACGGGAGCAUCAGCCAUCUUUCCUAGCUAGACAGGUUAAGUUACCUUGGAAACGAAAUUGGAUCGAUGUACCGAAUAACGUAGUGAACAAAAGUGACUGCUUUUACUAAUAACAAGUGAGCAGACAUGUACUACCACCAACAAUGGUCCGAGAGUGACACAGUCAAGUUGAUAAAACUGUACGAGAAAGCUGAGUGCCUUUGGAAUCCAAGCAAUGAGAGCUACAAGAAUUUUGACCAUAAAGAUCUGGAGAUCGACUCCAUGGUACAGGCCAUGGAGAUGCCAGGGUUGGAUGAAAACGAGCUGAAGUGUAAAAUCAAGAUGAUCCGGAGCAUCUACGUUCUGGAACUGCACAAAAUAGAGGCUCGUUCGAGGCACCAUAAAGAACCGAAGAACGUUACUAGUAAUGUGAAGUGGUUUCCGAUCAUCGACAAAUUUUUAAGGGAUGUAAUUUACUCCGACGUUAUAUGGGAAGGUGGUGGUAUUCCAGCUGUAUGGACUAGAGGACCGUCACCUGAAACUAAUAUCCACCUGUUCAAGGCUUUAGAGAAUUGCUUUGAUGACAUGAAACGUCCUGAACGCAUAAGUUGCGAUGAUGUAGAUGUCGUGGAUAAAAAUCCCGAGGAUUAUGCCAAAGAUUGGUUGUUUAAGCUGUCUCUGAUGUCCGAACAGCAGAGGAAUUACGCUAUACUAAUGAUCAAUGGGAUAUUACGAAGGGGAAUGUUUGAACUCUUGCGAUUUGAUGAAAUUGAUGAAGAUGAUAGAAUAUUUCAUAGGGAUGAAACUGAACCCAUGCAUUGUUUGUUUACAGAUAGAUUAGUUUACAAGGCGCUGCAUUAUUGAUUACUAUGAAACCAUUAUGUUAGUAUAUUAAAAAUAUUAUAUUUAUUUAUUGUUUUUAGAGCUUUUGUAAGCAUAAUAUUUACUUUUUGCGUAGUUGCAUUAAACCUGUUUAAAAAUACAUGUUAUUAACGAGAAUUAAUUGAAAGAAAUAAAUCCUUUAUGUUUACCGAAAUUGCUUUGUUUCCAUACAAUUAGUUUGUGUGUCUUUUGAAAUCUUUCUGAAGUAGUCAAAUGGUGAGUUCAUAAAACUUGUACAGACAUAACAACUAUGUAUGUAAUAUAUUUAAAAUACGAAUAAAACCACAAUUUGUGUUUAUUUAUUCAAA